AUGGAGCCCUGCCGGGCACUGGCGGUGCUGGCCGGCUGCCUGGGCCUCGUCUUCAUCCUGGUGGCCGUGAGCACAGAUGUCUGGGUCGUGGCCACUGGACCUGGAUUUUCAGGCCACUCGGGCCUCUGGCCAAGGAACCAUGAGGACCCAGUGAAAGGCUACAUCCAUGUGACACGGACUUUUGCCAUUUUGUCGGCCCUGCUGGGGCUGGUGUCCGUCGGGUUCCUGGUCCUGUCCUGCAUCCCCUCCUUUUCUGCCCCGGGCCGCGGGCUGCUCGUCUCGUGCAUCACGGGCUUUGCCGCAGCCCUCUGCGCCACAGUGGCCAUGGCGGUCUACACCAGCGAGCGGGAUGGCCAGGUCCCCUCGCCGCAGGUCCAGUCCUCCUUCUCCUGGUCCUUCUACCUGGGCUGGACGUCGGCUGCCUUCCUGGGCAUUACAGGGGGCUUGAGCCUGGCCGCCCACUGCAGGAGCCCCUAGCCUGCCUACGAGAGGAUGUGAGCAAAGGCAUCGCUCACUCCUGGGAGCAGCCACAAGAGGA